GGGCCGUGGGAGCCGCCAUUGUCGCCGCCGCCCGCGCUCGCAAUAGCGCUCCCGCCUUAAAGGGGCCGCGCCAGCGAAUCGCCCAUCAAGACCGGGUGGGGCCCACCUCUCCGUCACCGCGCCCAGCCCGACCCACGCCGCCACCAUGAGGGAGAUCGUCCACAUCCAGGCGGGCCAGUGCGGCAACCAGAUCGGGGCUAAGUUCUGGGAGGUGAUCAGCGACGAACACGGCAUCGACCCCACCGGCACUUACCAUGGCGACAGCGACCUCCAGCUCGACCGCAUCAGCGUCUACUACAACGAGGCCACCGGGGGUAAGUACGUGCCAAGGGCCAUCUUGGUGGACCUGGAGCCGGGCACCAUGGACUCGGUGCGCUCGGGACCCUUCGGGCAGAUCUUCCGUCCGGACAACUUCGUUUUCGGCCAGAGCGGCGCGGGCAACAACUGGGCCAAGGGUCACUACACGGAAGGGGCCGAACUGGUGGACUCGGUCCUGGACGUGGUGAGGAAGGAAGCGGAGAGCUGCGACUGCCUGCAGGGCUUCCAGCUGACUCAUUCGCUGGGUGGUGGCACCGGCUCCGGCAUGGGGACCCUCCUGAUCUCCAAAAUCCGUGAGGAAUACCCCGAUCGCAUCAUGAACACCUUCAGCGUCGUCCCGUCCCCCAAGGUGUCGGACACGGUGGUGGAACCCUACAACGCCACCCUGUCUGUCCACCAGCUGGUGGAGAACACGGAUGAGACCUACUGCAUCGACAACGAAGCCCUGUAUGACAUCUGCUUCCGCACCCUGAAGCUGACCACUCCCACCUACGGUGACCUCAACCACCUCGUCUCGGCCACCAUGAGUGGCGUCACCACCUGCCUCCGUUUCCCCGGUCAACUCAACGCUGAUCUCCGCAAGUUGGCCGUCAACAUGGUGCCCUUCCCGCGUCUCCACUUCUUCAUGCCCGGCUUCGCCCCUUUGACGUCGCGCGGCAGCCAGCAGUACCGCGCCCUCACCGUCCCCGAGCUCACCCAGCAGGUCUUCGACGCCAAAAACAUGAUGGCCGCCUGCGAUCCCCGUCACGGCCGUUACCUCACGGUGGCCGCCGUCUUCCGAGGUCGCAUGUCCAUGAAGGAGGUGGACGAGCAGAUGCUCAACGUUCAGAACAAGAACAGCUCUUACUUCGUCGAGUGGAUCCCCAACAACGUGAAGACGGCUGUCUGUGACAUACCACCGCGUGGUCUCAAGAUGGCCGUCACCUUCAUCGGCAACAGCACGGCCAUCCAGGAGCUCUUCAAGCGUAUCUCGGAGCAGUUCACGGCCAUGUUCCGGCGCAAGGCCUUCCUCCACUGGUACACGGGUGAGGGGAUGGACGAGAUGGAGUUCACCGAAGCAGAGAGCAACAUGAACGACCUUGUCUCAGAGUACCAGCAGUACCAGGAUGCCACCGCUGAGGAGGAAGAGGAUUUCGGUGAAGAGGCCGAAGAGGAGGCCUGAGGGCUGGUCGUCCUAGGAGAGCCCCUCGGCCUUUGCUGUCAUCGUCAUCCUCGGAGAGCCCUCGUCCUUCAGCGUUGUCCUCGGAGAGCCCUCGUCCUUCACCGUUGUCCUCGGAGAGCCCUUGGCCUUCAGCGUCAUCGUCCUUGGAGAGUCCUUGUCCUUCAUCAUCGUCCUCAGCCUUCAUCAGUGUCCUCGGGGAGCCUUUCGUCUUCAUCAUUGUCCUCUGCCUUUGUCGGUGGCCUCGGAGAGCCCUUGGUCUUCCCUGUUGUCACUGGAAAGCACUUGGCCAUCGUCAUCAUCGUUGGAGAGCCCUCGGCCUUCGUCACCGUCUUCAGAGAGCCCUUGUCCUUCACUGUGGUCCUUGGAGAGCUCUUGGCCUUCGUCAUCGUCCUCAGAGAGCUGUUGUCCUUCGCCGUUGUCAACAGAAAGCCCUCGUCUUUUGUGAUUGUCACCGAAAAGCUCUUGGCCUUCAUCAUGGUUGUCAUCAAAGCCCUCAGGCUUUGCCGUUGUCACUGGAGAGCCCUUGGCCUUCGUCAUCGUCAUCCUCAGAGAGCCCUCAGCCUUUGUCAUCGUCCUUGGAGAGCCCUUGGUCUUCACCGACAUCAUCGUCACCAGAGAGUCCCAGUCCUUCAUCACGAUCACUAGAGUCCUUCGUCAUCGUCACCAGAGAGUCCCAGUCCUUCAUCAUGGUCACUGAAGAGCCCUUGUCCUUCACCAUCCUCAUCGUCACUAGAGAGUCCUCGUCCUCACACAACCCCCGUCCUUCAUCAUUGUCACCGGAGUGUCCCUGUCCUUCACCACCAUCUUUGUCCCCAUCCCCUCUCCGUUGUCACCGUCACCAGAAGGCCCCUGUCAUUGCAGAGCCACCCUCCCCUCCGGGUCACCCCCCACUGCCGGGGGUGACAUCACCGCUAAAUUAUUGCAGCCCCCAGGCACCCAAUUCGCUGCCUUUUCCACCCAAACCCACCACUCCAGCUGCAGGGGGCUCUUGGGUGGCCCUGUCACCCAUGUCCCCGGCCGGGGGCUCUCCUGUCCCCCCCCCCCCCCCCCAACUCCAUAAUAUUUUGGUUUGUUUUUCCCCUUUUUAAGCUUUUUUUUUUUUUUAAUUUUCCUUUUUUUUUUUUUUCAUAUUGAAAAGCCGCCCCCGGGCGAGGAAUAAACCCGGGAUGUAAAGCCA